AUGUCUUCUGACGAGUCAACUAAGUCUCAGGAAGAAAUGUCAGAUACGAAAGAGGAUAUUGGGGAGUCGGACGACACCUACAGUCCAAACUCAGAAAAGAAUGAAACAGUACACACAGAGCCUCCAAGAUUUGCUGUAGAGAUUCUCCAGCCUAGUUCAAUUGGUCAUGAUGACAAGGCUCCCAAGCCCAGAGGACAACAUCCACAGUCAAAAAAGAACACAAGUUCAGCGAGAAAAUCAAGCACAAAACCUAGAGGAACCAAAAGAAAGCGCAUGUCUCAAAAAGCUAUACGGGAUUUGAAAAGAGAUAACAGGGAACUCAAAAAGGAAGUUCAAACGAUGGCCCAAGAAGCUGUCCGAAAUACCCGUAAACGAGGCAGGGCUCCGUUGAGCGACAUGGUCAUUGAGAAUACGAUUCAGGACUUAUACAAAGACCUGUGUGAAUGGGUCAAGAGCUUUUCUCUGCCAGGAGAAAUCCCAGUUCCUAAAAAGAAGAAAGAUGAAAUAGACUUCCUGUCCAUGCAGGACAACCCUGAACGAAAAAUCUGUGAACUCGAUGACAUUCCAGCUAUCAGGAAGCUUCCAAGGGGCUCGACAAUCUUUCUACAAGGAAUGCUGUCAAGCUUCAUCUGCUCAGAAAUUAUCGAGAAACCAUUUCUCUUUCUAGACAGUGCACUGGCUAAUAAGCCACGCGAAAGCAAGGGAAAAUCAUCUCCGACAAUCAGUGACACAAGUGAGGAUGAAUUCGAGGAAAUAUUCAUGAAUUUUGCUUCAAAAUUGGCAGAGAAUUUGGAAGAUGCAAAACAGCUAAAAGGAAAUACGGCUUUCAAGAACUACCAUAAUCAUGCCAAGGCACUGGCAGAAAAGUUUUUGGCAAGUCCAGCACACAUUCUGCUCAAGGAGGUACAUGGCCAGGAAAUAUGCAAGCGGAGGAACGAGUUGAUUAGUAUACUCAAACGUUACAGGGAGCUGAGCUUUCAGCUCUGGUAUCGAGUGGUCGAAGUGAAAUGUUACUAUCUUGGUUCAGAUCUCGUUCCUUCGACUUUCGAUCCUGCAUCGCCAGCCAUGGAGCUAUAUACUGCGCUUGAAGAAGAUGCAACGGGCAUUGAAAGCCACAAGCACAAGAACCUCACUGGACUGCGUGUUAUGGUCAUUAUGAAACCCGCUAUUGUUGCACACUGGGUCGACCAAGAAGAUAACAAACUGGAACGAUCAAAGGUUUGGGUCAAGUCCGUGGCGUGGGUUUACGCGCGUGAAGGGAGCAAAGAGUCUGAAUCUCAGCAAGGCAUUGUUGGUAAAGAGAGCAAUGAACACCAGGAAACCAUGGGCAUCUGCGAGAAGAACGAAGAAGAGCUUCCUCUAAACACGGACCUUGGUGAAGAGAACCAUGAGCCACAGCAAGUCAUCGGCGAAGACAGCGAUGAUGAACAUGAGCAUGACAUGGACAUCGACGAAGAAUGCCAGGAACAUCAGCAGGAGAUCACCACUCUUGACGAAAAGAGCAAUGAGCCUCAGCAAUGCAUUUAUGAAGAGAGAGAAGCUGAACAUCAGCAAGAGAUGGACAUUGACGAAAAAUGUCCCAAGACUAAGAAGGACAUGAUUGAAGAAAUUGGCGAAACAAAAACAAUGAGCGACAAGCGUCACAAAAAAUUGAACCGAAUGUUUAACUCGCCAUCUGCAUUUGAACAUUUACAUUGA